CAUAAAAUCGAUUUGUACUGCUGCUUUUCUUUGUUUACUUUCCUUGAGCAAAUUCGUAAUAAAUAUUCGUAAAACAUCAGUCAAUAUCGGCACGAUGUAUUUGGUCUGCGGGAGCUGCAGGAUCUAUUGAUUUGGCCCGAAAAAUGUUAAAUAAAAUGAAUACGAAUCGAUCGAUUUUCGUCUUCGAAGUGGGAAAGUAGCGAGCGGUGUCUCAGUUUUGGUGUGUGUGCAGCGGCCAGCAAAAGUUAAACGCCUAAAAGGAAAGAGUUAAAAAAACAGGAAGCUACUUAGAAUUCUUCGGCCAUGGAGCACCCUUCCUCGUUGCCUGGUUAUGUCCGCGAAAAGCUCGCUGAACUGGACUUGGAACUCUCUGAAGGUGACAUUACUCAGAAGGGCUACGAAAAAAAAAGGGCAAAGUUGUUGCAGCCAUUCCUGAAAAAGCAUGAAGUCGACAAGGUGAAGAGUACACCGCCACCGCCAUACUACAAUGUCAAAGAUGCCAACAACAGCAGCAGCCACGGUAACGUCAGUAGUGACGGCGUCAUAGUGUCCAGCGAAGGCUACAGCUAUGUCACCGAAGUGCCCUCAUUGUCCUCCUCGCAGCAAAGACAUUCCAAAAAGAUCGAAUUCCAAGUUGGAAAGUCGUCGGCGCUGCAAGGUGGACAUGUUGGGGCUCCCGGCUACGAAAAUAUGCGACCACAGGGUGGAGCAGUCGGCGAUCCCGGAUAUCAGAAUACUCGCGAGCCUAGUGGCUUUCAGAGUCAGCAGUCUACAAAUAGUAGUCAGCAUCGUCAACGACGCACACAGCGCAAAGUAACGCACAAUGAGAAACGCUAUCAUUCUGAAGUACGACAAGAGGCUGUGCAGCAGGCCCUAGCAGCUCUUAAAGGUCGACCAAAGCCCAGCCUUCCGAUGCCGUCGAAGCGCACAUCUGUCCUGAACCGAAGCCCUGGAUGCAAUGAUGAGCUGGACUCAUCGACAGAUGACGAAUCCAUUCCCGAGGAGAACAUUUCCCCCGACAAGGAGUACAACUACCCGCGGGAUCAUAUAAGCAACAGCAUUCUGCCACCCGAACCAAUAAUAAAACCUCCAAUUCGUGAAUCAUCGAUAGGCUCACAGCCGCAUUCGAGACUGGACGUAAAACAGAACCAAAUGCCAAAUCCGAAGUAUACUUCAUCGAAUAGCGCUCCAGAUAGGCGACCACCACAAAAUUUGCCUCCCCUUCCAACAUCAGACACUUCAAGCACGGACUCGCCGCCCAUUGCAUACAAGAGAGAGAAUGACCUUUCUGACAAAGCGUUCAAGCAAAAGCAGUUCAACGCUCCUGACAUCACACAAUUUAAUAAUGCUCAUCGUGCUGCGGACAGAGUUACACGAUAUGUUAACGUAUCUCAGAAUGAAUUAAACGAGGCAGAUGCCAAUGGCAAGUGGAAAGUGUCUGCCAAAAUACAGCAACUGCUAAACACUCUUAAAAGACCAAAGCGCCGACCAUUGCCAGAGUUCUAUGAAGACAAUGACAUUGAGCUAGAGAUUGCUGCCAACACAAAGGAUCCCAAUGCACCGAAACCGGAGGGCAGCACCAUGACUCCCGUGCAGGGUGAGCAACUGUCGAUACCAGCAGGACUUCCACGGACGCUGGAGUGCGCACUCCAACGAUAUGGCACUAAUUCUUUUAAAAGUCCCAUGGCUACGGUCCUUGAUCCCAAUGGAAAAAUAACAACUACCUUAACGUAUGGGAAACUACUGUCGCGCGCACAAAAGGUUGCGUAUGCUUUGUCCACAAAAAUAUUUAGCAAGGGUCCUGAACAAGUAACCCUUAAGGCCGGUGAUCGUGUUGCCUUGGUUUAUCCCAAUAACGACCCAUUAAGUUUUAUUACAGCCUGGUAUGGUUGUAUGUUUCGGGGCUUAGUGCCUCUUCCAAUAGAGUUGCCGCUUUCAAGCUCGGAUACACCUCCGCAGCAAGUGGGAUUUUUGUUAAGUUCUUGUGGCAUAACUGUGGCACUAACCUCAGAGGCCUGCUUAAAAGGUCUUCCAAAAUCAACCACUACGGGGGAAAUAGCUAAGUUAAAGGGAUGGCCACGUUUGCAGUGGUUUGUAACUGAGCAUUUGCCCAAACCGCCAAAGGAAUUUAAUGUGGGCAACUUACGGGUCGAUGAUUCCGCCGCAGCUUACAUAGAAUACACGACUGAUAAGGAAGGCAGUGUUAUGGGUGUCACCGUAACCCGCGCUGCAAUGAUCAAUCAUUGCCGUGCUCUGACUAUGGCCUGCCAUUACACCGAGGGCGAAACAAUUGUUUGUGUCUUGGAUUUCAAGCGUGAAGUUGGAUUAUGGCAUUCAGUUUUAACUUCAGUUCUAAAUGGUAUGCAUGUCAUUUUCAUACCCUAUGCUCUGAUGAAGCUGCGACCAUCCAGCUGGAUGCAAUUAAUAACAAAACACCGGGCUUCUUGCUGCUUGGUGAAGAGUCGUGAUCUACACUGGGGCCUAUUAGCUACUAAAGAUCAUAAAGAUAUCUCGCUCUCUUCCCUUCGUAUGUUGCUAGUAGCCGAUGGCGCCAACCCCUGGUCACUUUCUUCGUGUGACCAGUUUUUGAGCGUUUUUCAAGCAAAAGGUUUACGCUCAGAUGCGAUUUGCCCGUGUGCUAGCAGUUCCGAAGUAUUUACUGUUUCCCUUCGCCGUCCUGGACGAGGAUCCUGUGGAUUUAGUCCAUCAGCUACAGGACGUGGUGUACUUUCCAUGGCAGCACUUUCACACGGAGUGGUGAGGGUGGAUAGCGAGGACUCAUUAACUUCACUGACUUUGCAGGACUGUGGACAAGUCAUGCCAGCAGCACAAAUGGUAGUCGUAAGAUCGGAAGGAGUCCCAGUGCUAUGCAAAACCGAUCAAGUUGGAGAAAUUUGCGUUACUAGUGGUUCCACGAGCGCUAGCUACUUCGGUCUCGAUGGAAUGACAAAUUCUACUUUUAAAGUUCAACCUCUAUUGGAAGAAUUCGAACAACUAAAAGAUGGAAAUGGCACGGUAAAUGUAAUUUCCAAACAAAUUGGCGAAGAGUUUUACGUAAGAUCGGGUCUUCUGGGCUUUCUUGGUCCUGGGGGCCUGGUAUUCGUCUGCGGAUCCCGCGAUGGUCUUAUGACGGUAACUGGUCGAAAACACAAUGCAGAUGACAUAAUUGCCACAGUAUUAGCAGUGGAACCAAUGCGUUUUAUUUACCGGGGACGCAUAGCUGUAUUUAGCAUUAAAGUACUUCGCGACGAACGGGUGUGUGUUAUUGCCGAACAGCGGCCCGACUGCUCUGAGGAAGAAAGUUUCCAAUGGAUGUCACGCGUUUUGCAGGCGGUAGACUCUAUUCACCAGGUUGGCAUUUAUUGCCUGGCGUUGGUUCCACCAAAUCAUUUGCCCAAGACUCCUCUUGGGGGUAUACAUUUAUGUGAGGCAAGAAGAAGAUUUUUGGAGGGAUCCCUUCACCCAGCGAAUGUGUUGAUGUGCCCACAUACAUGCGUCACCAAUCUGCCAAAGCCACGAGAAUUACAUCAAGGUGUGCAAACUGUCGCAAAAUUAAGCUCAUCAUCUGGAUGUGGUAUUACAGACACGGGUGUAGGACCAGCCUCCGUGAUGGUUGGAAAUUUAGUACAGGGUAAUCGCCUGGCUGAAGCCCAUGGACGGGACGUUGGAUUGGCCGAAGAUUGUGAGCGAAAGCCCCAACUUAUAACAGGUGUUUUGCGUUGGCGAGCUAACACCUCUCCAGAUCACAUAAUAUUUACGUUGCUGAAUUCUAAGGGUGCCAUUGCCAAAACUCUGACGUGCUCCGAGCUACAUAAACGCGCGGAGAAAAUAGCUGCAUUAUUACAAGAGCGAGGAAGAAUUGAGGCAGGCGAUCAUGUUGCGCUUAUUUUUCCUCCGGGACUUGAUUUGUUGUGCGCGUUUUAUGGAUGCCUAUAUUUGGGUGCAAUACCAAUUACCAUACGGCCUCCACAUCCACAAAAUUUAAAUACAACCUUACCGACUGUCCGUAUGAUUGUUGACGUUUCAAAAAGUGGCAUUGUACUCUCUAUACAGCCCAUUAUUAAGUUACUAAAAUCACGAGAGGCGGCUACCUCUAUUGACCCAAAGACAUGGCCACCCAUAUUGGACAUUGAUGACAACCCAAAACGCAAAUAUGCUGGAAUAGCCACGGUCACCUUUGACUCUAGCGCCUAUUUGGAUUUCAGCGUGUCAACUUGCGGACGCCUUAGCGGAGUUAACAUUACGCAUCGAUCUCUCUCUAGUCUGUGCGCCAGUUUAAAAUUGGCCUGUGAGCUAUAUCCUUCUCGUCAUGUUGCAUUGUGCUUGGAUCCCUAUUGUGGCCUUGGCUUUGUAAUGUGGACUCUUAUUGGUGUAUAUAGUGGCCACCAUUCAAUACUUAUCGCACCCUACGAAGUGGAAGCAAAUCCCAGUUUGUGGCUGUCAACUCUUUCUCAACAUCGUGUUCGCGACACCUUCUGUUCAUAUGGCGUAAUAGAAUUAUGCACUAAAGCCCUCAGCAAUUCCAUACCUUCCCUCAAACAACGAAACAUUGACUUGCGUUGUGUACGGACCUGUGUGGUAGUUGCUGAAGAGCGCCCAAGAGUGCAGCUGACCCAGCAGUUCUGCAAGCUGUUUCAAGCGCUUGGCCUCAAUACUCGCUGUGUCUCCACUUCCUUUGGAUGUCGUGUAAAUCCAGCGAUUUGUGUCCAAGGAGCUAGUUCUGCAGAGAGCGCUCAGGUGUACGUUGAUAUGAGAGCACUGCGAAAUAAUCGAGUGGCUUUAGUGGAGCGCGGAGCUCCAAAUUCGCUGUGUGUAAUUGAAUCGGGGAAACUCCUACCAGGAGUUAAAGUGAUCAUAGCAAAUCCCGAUACCAAAGGUCACUGUGGCGAUUCGCAUUUGGGUGAAAUUUGGGUUCAAGCUCCUCAUAAUGCAAAUGGAUACUUUACCAUUUACGGCGAUGAAACUGACUACAAUGAUCACUUCAACGCCAAAUUGGUGACUGGGGCCACAUCUGAGUUAUAUGCACGUACUGGAUAUUUAGGAUUCUUACGGCGAACCGAAUGUUCUCAGGCAGCCUCAUUACUAGAUGAGACGACACCAAGUGUGGCUAGUCGCGACAGUGAUACAGAAUCGUUAAAUUCCAUAAGUCAAUUGCAAUUAAAUUUUUCAAGUGCUUCGUUGGGUGGAAACACUGAGCAUAGCCUAAUUAGUGGCGCAGGCAAUUCCAAUGACCAAGAACUACAUGAUGCAGUAUAUGUAGUAGGAGCUGUUGAUGAAGUGAUUUCUUUACGUGGAAUGAACUAUCACCCAAUUGAUAUCGAAAAUUCAGUAAUGCGCUGUCACAAAAAAAUAGCUGAGUGCGCCGUUUUCACCUGGACUAAUUUAUUAGUCGUGGUUGUUGAACUAGACGGCAAUGAAUCAGAAGCUUUGGAUUUGGUUCCCUUGGUCACAAACACAGUAUUAGAAGAUCAUCAGCUUAUAGUUGGUGUUGUUGUGGUUGUUGAUCCAGGUGUGGUGCCUAUCAACAGUCGGGGCGAAAAGCAACGAAUGCAUUUACGGGAUGGCUUUCUGGCCGACCAAUUAGAUCCCAUAUACGUAGCAUAUAACAUGUAAAUACACAUUAAUUCUUAUGAUGAAAUCGCCACUACGCAUUAAGGAAACGUAAGAAACCGCUUUCAUCUAUCUAUUUUAUUUAAAAAGAAUCGCAAUCCACUAACAAAACAUAAGUUGGCUCAUUUUGGUUCGAACCGCCCACAUAGUUACACAUUUCCUUUUAGAUUAUUAGCAUAGAUGGUAAAACAUUCUUACAAUAAAUGGACUAUUUAACUUUAUACGACCAUAAAGUGACAACAAACAUUUAAUAUUCAUGUAUAAGUCUAAAUAAACCGCAAUUUACAUACA